CUUGCACAAUUCCAAUGCUCUAUGCACCGAACAAUCGUCGCCUAAAGCUUUGUAUUUGCCUGUUGCGACUUCGCCUCCCCUCACGCUCAUGGAGGCGAUCUCCGUCCUCUUCCUCCGCCCCUUGCCCUCUUCCUCCUCCCCACUCCUAAGCCCUAAGAAUCCCCAAAUCAUCCCCAAAGUUAUACCCCGGCGGACGCUGAUCUUCCGCCGCACUGUCCGCCUCUCCCUCUCCCAUGGCAUCACCAACAACGCCCCCGAACCCGCACCUGAGACCGCGCCCGCACCCGCACCUGCUCCUUUGUUCUCCUCGUGGACACCGCCCCAGCCUCUCUGGCGCGGCCUCUCUGCCCUGAUUCUUGCCGGGCAGGUGGCCCGUCGUGCCCUCUCCGGGCGCAUACACCGACGGAACACCCUGCAGCAGCUGGAGAGGGUCGGACCCCGCUCCACUGGCGUCUGCCUCCUCACCGCCGCCUUCGUCGGCAUGGCUUUCACCAUCCAGUUCGUCCGCGAGUUCACCCGCCUCGGCCUCCACCGCUCCGUCGGCGGCGUCCUCGCCCUCGCCCUCUCCCGCGAGCUCUCCCCUGUCGUCACCUCCGUCGUUGCCGCUGGCCGCGUCGGUUCUGCCUUCGCCGCCGAGCUCGGCACCAUGCAGGUCUCCGAGCAGACCGACACCCUCCGCGUUCUCGGCGCCCACCCGGUUGACUACCUUGUCACCCCCCGCGUCAUCGCUUGCUGCCUCGCCCUCCCCGUACUCACCCUCCUCUGCUUCUUCGUGGGCCUCGCCUCUAGCGCCUUCCUUGCUGACGCUGUCUUCGGCGUCAGCAUCAACAUCAUCCUCGAGUCCGCCAGGAGGGCGCUGCGCCCCUGGGACAUCAUUAGCGCCAUGAUCAAGUCGCAGGUGUUUGGGGCCAUUAUUGCGAUCGUCAGCUGCGCCUGGGGGGUCACGACUCAUGGCGGGGCCAAGGGGGUUGGCGAGUCCACGACGUCUGCCGUGGUCAUCUCCCUUGUUGGAAUUUUCAUUGCAGACUUCGCUCUUUCUUAUUGCUUCUUCCAGGGUGCAGGGGACUCGCUCAAGGACGCCAUGGGAUAGGUAUUUUAUCUCAUCGAUGUAUGAAUUAAGAGGUUUCCUAACUGAUGUUCAUGUCCGGACGCUGUUCGAGCUUUUGCGUCAACAAAGCUAUUUUUUUGGGUUGAACGAAAAUGUCAUUUGGGUAUGUUAAAACAAAUCUUCCCAAACACCUUACGUAAUGAUGAUCAACCAUUGGGUCUAUUUCUAUUUGUUGAGUGAAGAUAUAAAACGAUUGAGGGAAUGAGUAUGUACAACACUUGAUGUCAAAUAGACUUGCUUAAGUGUUGGUUUCAUAGCUUUACAAAGACAAUCCAUACUUCAGUUUGCAGCAUCGUAUGAAACUGCUGCAUUUGUAAGGCUUAGAUUAUUUCAGAAUGUUUUUUCUCUAAAACAUCUUGCUUGCUUCAGUUAUUAUACCA